AAGCAGUUUGGGUCCAUGCUGCAACCCGGGGUCAACAAGUUCUCCCUGCGCAUGUUUGGCAGCCAUAAGGGUGUUGCUGCUGAGCAGGCCAGGGUUAAGAGCUAUGGAGUGUGGAUCAUCCACCCCUACAGUGACUUCAGGUUUUACUGGGACCUCGUGAUGCUCCUGUUGAUGAUGAGCAAUCUGGUCAUUUUGCCCUGGGGAAUCACCUUCUUUGAAGACCAGAACACCAUGCCCUGGAUCACCUUCAACGUCCUGUCUGACACUCUCUUCCUCAUGGACUUGGUUUUCAAUUUCCGCACGGGCAUCCCAGUAGAGGACAGCCACAUCAUCCUGGACCCCAAAGAGAUCCGCAUUCAUUACCUCCGCACCUGGUUCAUGGUGGACUUCAUCUCCUCCAUUCCCGUUGACUACAUCUUCCUCGUUGUCGACCUGGAGUCCCUGCACGAGUCGUCAGACGUGUACCGCACUGCCCGCGCCCUCCGCAUUGUGCGCUUCACCAAGAUCCUCAGUCUGCUGCGUCUUCUCAGACUGUCUCGCCUCAUCCGCUACAUUCACCAGUGGGAGGAGAUUUUCCACAUGACUUAUGACCUGGCCAGCGCUGCAGUGCGUAUAGUCAACUUGAUUGGCAUGAUGCUGCUGUUGUGCCACUGGGAUGGCUGCCUGACCUUCAUGGUGCCUAUGCUGCAAGACUUCCCCCCAGACUGCUGGGUAUCCAAAAAUGACAUGGUGAAUUCUACAUGGCACCUACAGUACUCCUACGCCCUGUUCAUGGCCAUGAGUCACAUGCUGUGUAUAGGAUACGGCGCCCACCCUCCAGAAGGUUUGACUGACGUUUGGCUCACCAUGAUCAGUAUGGUGGUGGGGGCCACCUGCUACGCCAUGUUCCUUGGUCAUGCAACUAACCUGGUCCAGUCCUUGGAUGCAUCACAUCGCCAGUAUCAAGAGAAGUAUAAGCAAGUGGAGCAGUACAUGUCGUUCCAUAAACUGCCAGCGGACGUAAGACAGAGGAUCCAUGAUUAUUACGAGCAGCGAUUCCAAGGCAAGAUGUUCGAUGAGGACAGCAUCCUUGGAGAGCUCAGUGAUCCGCUGAAGGAGGAGAUUGUCAGCUAUAACUGCCGUGGGCUUGUAGCCAACAUGCCGCUGUUUGCCAACACUGACCCUCAUUUUGUGACAGUGAUCCUCACCAAACUGCGUUUCGAAGUCUUCCAACCUGCAGACUUGAUUAUACGAGAAGGUACGCUGGGUCGGAAAAUGUACUUCAUCCAGCACGGCACCGUCACUGUCAUCCCACGUGGCAGUAAAGAGAUUACGCUCAACGAUGGAGCGUAUUUUGGAGAGAUCUGCCUGCUAACCCAAGGACGACGUACAGCCACCGUGAAGGCUGACACCUACUGUCGCCUUUACUCCCUGAGUGUGGACAGUUUCAACGAAGUCCUGGAGGAGCACCCUCUUAUGAGGAGGGCGUUUGAGAGUGUGGCUGUGGACCGACUGGACCGGGGGACUCGCAAACCCAGUUAUCAUCCUCCUCUAGAUGAGUGACACCUCAGUACCAACAGAGAGAGACUACUGCCAGAAAUGGGGAGGAUAUUUUUCACACUUUGACUGAACUUGACCACAUA